UAAUCACUGACCAGCAGUCAGUAGCGUUUAUGUUGCAAGCUCACCAUUCAAGCAAAAUUAAGAAUGAAAAGGUAGAGCGUUGGAGACUCGAGCUAUCAGCAUACAAAUAUGAUGUUAUAUAUAGACCGGGGAAGGAGAAUUUGGCCGCUGAUGCACUGUCUCGCGUUUGUGCUCAGAUACACACCAACGUCACAAAUAAACUAAUUGAGUUGCACAACGCUCUUGGACACCCUGGUAUUACUCGUAUGACUCAUUGGAUCAGAACUAAAAAUUUGCCAUACUCUGUCACUGAUAUAAAAGCGAUUACUUCUGCUUGCAGAAUUUGUGCUGAAAUCAAACCACAAUUUCACAAAACUCAAGGAAAGCUUAUUAAGGCGAUAGCUCCUUUUGAACGACUAAGCAUUGAUUUCAAGGGCCCAUUACCUUCAAAGAGCAAGAAUAGAUACAUCCUCACUAUUAUCGAUGAAUUCUCUAGAUUUCCAUUCGCAUAUCCUUGUCAAGAUUUAUCUGCAGACACUGUAAUCAGAUGCCUUAAAGAUAUUUUUUUUAUGUUCGGCACUCCUCUCUUUGUCCAUUCUGAUAGAGGCUCUGCUUUUGUGUCAGAACGAGUGCAGCAGUUCUUGCUUUCUUUAAACGUGGCAAGUAGCCGGACUACUCCAUAUAAUCCACAAGGUAAUAGACAAGUUGAACGUUUAAACGGGACAUUGUGGAGGACAGUGCAACUUUUCCUAAAAUCUAAGGGCCUGGAAGUGACGGAUUGGGAACAAGUGCUAUCCGAAUCUUUACAUUCUAUACGUUCUUUACUUUGCACGGCCACAAAUUGCACUCCUCACGAACGUUUGUUUUUCCACCCUCGACGAACAAUGAAUGGGCAGUCGAUACCAUCAUGGUUAUCGUCUUCUGGGACCGCUCUCAUGAAAAGGAAUGUUCGUGCUUCAAAGUACGACCCCUUAGUGGAAGAGGUCGAACUUUUACAAACAAAUCCAUCAUAUUCGUAUAUAAGAUUACAAGAUGGUAGAGAGACCACCGUUUCAAACAGACAUUUGGCUCCUUUACCGGAUGGAGAGGAUGAUUCCUGUCAAGAAGAGCCAUCAGACUUAGAUGAAAUAGUUCAGGAAUCUGAAUCUGUUCAGCAGCUUGAACUUGGUCAAGAAACUGGUGUUGCUGAAGAGCCAGAGGCAAACCUGAGCCGGCGUUCCCACAGGGCUCGCAGAAGACCAGGCUAUCUAGAAGAUUUCGUUUGUGAUAAUGACUAA